GAGAGGGGUGUGGCCGGCAUUUUAGUUCCGCCCCUGCCGGAGUAGCCAAAGGCCUCAUUGGCGCCUUCACGCUUAGUAGCCGUGGUGUAAUUGGAUAAAAGCCCGUGGAGGGGGCGGGAUCCCAGGUGAGUUUCUACCAAUCGAUUAGUUAGUCCCCAAGAGGGCGGGACAGGAAGCUGCAGAUUUACGAUCCGAUUGGUUUCGGGCUCAGCUGGGAGGCGGGACGAAUUCUUGGUUGGGGGAAACCCACCAGGGGACACGGUGGAGGAGGGGUCACUGCCCAACCGGGGGCGGUGGAGUGAGGUAGCGAAUUCAGCCCGUUUAGCCCCGGCGCCUCUGUUCUCGGAAUCCGGGCCCUGUGGUUUGAGGUCCUGGUUCCUAACGAAUCUCUGAUGGAUUGGCCUUUACCCUGUCCCCAAGCGGGCUCACAGGGUCUGAAGGCCACGCACGAGGCAAAGGUAAAGUUCUGAGCCACCCGGUGCCUCCUUCCCAGGGCUGCAAGAUGGAGGAAGGCGGGAACCUGGGAGGCCUGAUUAAGAUGGUCCAUCUACUGGUCUUGUCAGGUGCCUGGGGCAUGCAAAUGUGGGUGACCUUCGUCUCAGGCUUCCUGCUUUUCCGAGGCCUUCCCCGACAUACCUUCGGCCUAGUGCAGAGCAAACUCUUCCCUUUCUACUUCCACAUCUCCAUGGGCUGUGCCUUCAUCAAUCUCUGCAUCUUGGCUCCACAGCACGCCUGGGCUCAGCUCACAUUCUGGGAGGCCAGCCAGCUUUACCUGCUGUUCCUGAGCCUUACACUGGCCACUGUCAACGCCCGCUGGCUGGAGCCCCGCACCACAGCUGCCAUGUGGGCCCUGCAAACUGUGGAGAAGGAGCGGGGCCUGGGUGGGGAGGUACCAGGCAGCCACCAGGGCCCUGAUCCCUACCGCCAGCUGCGAGAGAAGGACCCCAAGUACAGUGCUCUCCGCCAGAAUUUCUUCCGCUACCAUGGCCUGUCCUCUCUUUGCAAUCUGGGCUGUGUCCUAAGCAAUGGGCUCUGUCUUGCCGGCCUGGCCCUGGAAAUAAGGAGCCUCUAGCAUGGACCCUGCAUGCCAAUAAAUGCUUCUUUGGAAAUG